AUGUCCCCUCCUAAACGGAAGCGCUCUGGUCGGGAAUUGAAAAGUCGAAGACUGAAUGAUCUAUCUGAUCCUCCGGCUUCUGAUGUUGUAAGCUCUAAGCGUGACUCGGAAGAUCCUACUUCUGUUGUUUUUCAUGAAUAUCCAAUUGAGCCGGAAAGCGAGAUAAAAUGCGUGGAAGAUGAUGCGGAGGUGCCUCACUCUGUCAAACCAGAAUCGGAGAUCAUUACUAGAGGCCUCCCGGAGAAGAUCCAUGAGGAUCCCCCUUUGGAGAAAGAAGACCCCAAGAGUCUGUCUGUUGCGGAUGUGUUUCAACAAAAGCUCUUGGGGUCCAGACUUGGUUGCUUUAUGGUAUCAACUACUGACUCCUUGAUAGUUAUUACUAUUCUCAUUCCCCUCAAUACCAUAACUGGGAAUGAAGAGCCUAUGGAAAUAGAAUCUGUAGAUAUGGAAAUUUUUGUUGUGAUUUACUUGCUUGUUGAUUGUGCAACUAGUGUUAUUAUAGGAAAGGAGGCCAUGAUUCCAACACUAUUCACUCUUGCUGCUCCACUUCCUUUAUUCCAACAUCCUUUUAUUGUCACAAGUGUUCCCAAUAGCCCUUUUGAGACAGGGGUUGCAUCUGAUGAAGAAGCAUUAGAUAAGGCUCGAUCAUGUUUAAUAGAGGGAUUGCACCUGUUUAACGAAGUGUCUGCACAUGCAAGGGCAUGUACAGAGCAUCUUUCUUAG